GCUUCGAGAUGCAUGUGUCUUGCAGCAGUACGUGUGACAUUGACUCAUCCUGCCGGCUGGUGCUGGCCAAGCGGCAAGGUGGAGCACAUAUCUUUCAAGACCUCUUCCAUCAAUUUCCGGGGUGGGAGCGUGACGCCAACCUGGCCCCAGCUGAGCAAGUGGCGCGACUUAAGGCUUUCUACAGACCUGGGGUGGCGUGCCCCUGCAGUGCUCACGCACAACUUUGCUCGGAGCCUCCAGUGGACGGGCACGUGUUGGGAAGCCCGUGUCAACCAUGGUCAAGAUACGGGCGUCGCCUUGGUCACUCUGAUGCUCGCACUUGUGCUGCUGCGCGAGCUGUUGGGGAGAAUGCAAUCCUUGCAGCCAAGCUUGGUUAUCAAGGAUUUCUUGGUGGCCACGCCCUCCAUCCUCUUGGCGCAUGAGAACGCCCUUCGUGCCAAGCGUCGUUUGGCUCCUUUGACGACGUGGCAUUUGGUCGACUACGAGGACAUGUGGAAGCAGCGACAUCAUGUGCUGCCCGAGCUAGACGAAUCUUGUGUUUUCGACCUUUCGCAGAAUCCCAAGAAACGCUUCUGCGCUGCUUCCAACGCGACCUGUGCACAAGCAGCGCACAUGCCCCUGGAUCCCUGUGCCGAGAU